CCUGUUUGUUUGUACGCCUCCUCCUCCGCGCUCAGCUGCCGGCUAAACCAUCAUGGGCUCGGUAGAGGCACCGCCCGCCCCCCUCCGUGUAUUCUUCAUCCCCUUCUUCGCCACCGGGCACAUGAUCCCCUUGGUUGACAUCGCCCGCCUCUUCGCUGCCCGAGGCGUUGACUCCACCGUCCUCGUCACCCCCGCCAAUGCCGCCCUCAUCCAAGCCACCGUCGACGCUGCUGCCGACUCUGGCCUCCUUAUCCGCACCCUCAUCUAUCCCUUCCCCUCGUCAGAGUCCGGCCUACCCCCCGGCGUCGAGAACAUCAGCGCCCUUCCCCCCUCCGAGUCCUACAAGAUCGACGUCGCCACCCCCUUCGUCCGCCCCGCUCACGACCGCCUCCUCCGCCUUCACCGCCCCGACGCCGUCGUCGCCGACGUCCACUUCCCCUGGACCACCUUCGUCGCGCGGGAUCUCGGCGUCCCGAGGUUCACCUUCCAGGCCCUCGGCCUCUUCCCCGUGUGCAUGAUGAACUCGCUCUUCACCAACCUCCCGCACCUCGCCGUAGCCGGCGACGACGUACCUUUCCUCGUGCCCAACCUCCCACACCCCAUCCACAUGGUCCGUCGGGAGCUCCCUGACUUCCUCCGCGGAAACACCCAAAUCGGCGCCGCCAUGGACGACAUCAGUGCCGCGGAGUCCGGGAGCCUCGGCGUCGUCGUUAACAGCUUCGUCGAGAUGGAGUCGGCCUACGCCGAGUACUACUACAAGACAUGCAACAUGCGGAGCUGGUUCGUGGGACCCGUCGCGCUCGCCGCCGCGGGUCAGGGCAGCAGCCUUGCCACACGCGGCGGCGACGAUCCGAUCGCCGCCGCGAACCGCGCCCGCUGCCUCUUGUGGUUGGACGCGAAGGAGCCGAAGUCGGUGGUGUACGUUUGCUUCGGGAGCUGGAGCCAGUUCACUGGAGAGCAGCUCCGGGAGAUGGCUCUGGGCCUUGAGGCGGCUGGCCACCCGUUCCUGUGGGUGGUAAGGGACGGCAGCGACGAGUGGAUGCCGGAGGGGUUUGAACGGCGGGUGGAGGGCCGGGGGCUGGUGGUCCGAGGAUGGGCCCCGCAGGUGGCGAUACUGGCGCACGCGGCGGUGGGCGGGUUCGUGACACACUGCGGGUGGAACUCGGUGCUGGAGGGGGUGAGCGCCGGGCUGCCCAUGGUCACGUGGCCGCUGUCAACGGAGCAGUUCAUGAACGAGAAGCUGGUGGUGGGGGUGCUGCGGGUGGGCGUGAGGGCGGCGGAAGGGCCCGGGAGCACGCUGGAGGAGGAGAGGGCGGUGGUGGGCGCGGCGGAGUUGGCGAGGGCGGUGGGGUGGGUGAUGGACAGCGGGGAGGAGGCGGAGAGGAUGAGGAGGAGGGCGAGGGAGUACGGGGAGACGGCGCGGGCGGCGGUGAAGGAAGGCGGGUCGUCGCACAAGGGGCUGAGCGACUUGAUAGAGGAGAUCCGGGCGUGGCACAGUAACAAGGACGUGGCUUGUGACGCUGCAACCCUGAAGGAUUAGUGGGAUUAAAGAUUGUUGUUGUGGUUCGGAAUAAUGCAAGCUGGAGUGCUCGUGUUAAAUCCUUGUUUCUUAAUUGGUUUGAAUCGACGAUGACAAGAUGCAGCGA